AUGCAGCCCACGCUACGUCUCUGUGCAGCAGGCACCGGCCGCCUGCGCCCGCCCCUCAUCCACUUCCUCGGCAAGCGGCAGUGGCCAUCCACCCCAGACCAACCCCAUGCCCAUCCAUGCGCAUCGUCAGAUGUCAAGGCGUCGUUUGACAGCUUUGUGAAGAAGUUCCAGGCGUCAAGAUCGGCGAGCACGGGUGCGACAUCGAGCGCGGUGCCGGCGUCGGCGGGUAAAGGCACGAACGCGCAAGUGUUCCAGGAGUUUUGGGAGGCUCCGGAGAAGCUUUGGAAACAUGACCUGGAGGAAUGGGAGAUUGAACUUAUUGCGACGGGAGGUGCCUCGAGAUUCUAG